AACACGGACACCCUCCGCCAACACAACAUAUCUUGAAUGGUAGGGAAAGUUUUCUUCUUUUUGCUGCAUACUGAAUGGGUUGUACAUACAUACAUACACGGCAAAGUGAGGAAACCGAGGAAACCCAUCAAGCAAAAUCUGAACGAGAAGGCGAGUGAUCAAAUCCAAGAGCCAAGAUCGCCCAUCAUGAUUUCUUUGGUGGCUCGGACCGGGCGUCGGGGCGUAUUGGUGGGCGUGGUGGGCAUUGCCAGCCUCUUUAUAGUGAUGGCUGUGGUUCGAGACUUGAACACCAAGUUGGUGGUCAUGACAGCUUCCAAUCAGAACUAUCAGAAAAUGACCGAUUCUCAAGCACAAAAAAUCACACAACUCCAGAAAACUUUACAAGAGGAACAGGAGCAAAAAGAGUUGAAUAACAAGCAAUCCUUGUCCGAACAUACGAGGAUGAAAAAGGCCCACGAAGGCCAGCAACGCGAAAUGCAAACCAAACUGGCCGAGGUGGAAGGUCGUCUUGCGGCCUUGCAAAAGGAGCAUUCUGAGCUUCAGCGAGAGUUCCAGAACCUCAGUCAGAAACAUAUUCAGAUGAACCAUCAUGUCAGUCGGCUGGAAGCCGAAAACGAGCAAUUAGAGGCGGAAGUUGCCCGCUUCAAGCACGAGAAUGAUGUGCAUUUCGCCAAGAUCGCGCAAGACCGCGAUAACUACAAGGAGCAAUACUUGGCCUUGUUCAAGCAACAUCAAGCCAAUACCGAUUCAAUCCAGACCCUAGAGAGGGAGAAGGAAAGGCUUCAAAGGCAGCUCAACCACAUGGGCGUUGAAGGGACGCGCUCGAAUGCCAGUCACAAUCAAUCGUCGAAAAGUCCACAUCUCAACCCGCCUUUGGCUCCCGGUGCUAAGCCCGCCCCUGUCUCCUCUUCAUCCACAUCUAGUUCGGCUAAGAAUCAGGUCUUGAAUUUGCCGUUGCAAGAACCGGUGGCCCAUGGAGGUGUGUCCUAUGGUGGCGGCGCAGGCUUGUCCAAGAGCAGCAGUACUGAAGGGGUGGUGCCCAGAGUGGGGGCAGAACCCCCUUUGGCUCGUAAUCUCGUGGUUCCACCCCAUGAGAUCCGAAAGGAGGAUGUUAUGGAGGCACCUAAGCCGGGCGAGUUUAGGAACUAUCUUCAUGGACAGAUUGAGGGGAAUGCAAAUAAUCAAAUAGCCCAACCCGUGGUCAAGAAGAGCCCGUCGGAGGAUGACAAUCUAGAUCGAGCCGUGGAUGGAGUGAAACAAGCCAAUCCGGAAAUCUUGGAUCGUAUCGAUCCUAAUGGCGAUCAAGCUGAUGUGGAGGGCGAAGAAGAGGAUGAUCAGGAUGAUGCCGUGGAUGGGGAGUUGGGCGAUCUUCAGCGAUAUCAAAAGGCCCCCACCAAUCCCAGAGGUCAUGUUGAUGGCGGUGCUCUUGCUCUUGGCCAAGGGGAUGAGGAUGAGGAUGUCAAUUAUGACCAAGACAUCAUCCAUGGCUUCCAACGUCAUCACGGUCAGAACAGAGGUUACCAGCCCGCUGGUUUUCCCAUAAAUCAACCUCACUUUGGUAAUCCGAACAUUCAACCCAGACGCUACGUUCAAGCUCCCGAAGAGCCCGUGAGAUUUGCUCAAAGGCCUUGGGGUCACCAGAACCUUUUGUAGUAUUUCCCAUGGCCUUACACUUAGUUAUUGACGUCCCUCGAUCCCCACAGCAACUCAGCUAGUAAUUCAUUCAAACUCACCUUUAGCCGAACAAACAUUUUGGAACGACAAGUCCAAACUUUGCCUAACAGCUCUUUGUUUUAUCAAUUCGAUUGUGUACACUACACAUCUAGACCUAGACCAUAAUCUGUGAUUUUAUUUUGUUUACUCUUUGCACCCAUGAAUUAUUUUGCCUUAUUUUACCAAGUAUUCCUAUGUACGCUUUGUUCUAAUGGCAUCAAAGGAUAUUUUUAUAGCGUGAAUUUUCGCAAAUAAAUGACCUACUUACAAACCAAGAUGAACUUGGAGCAAA